AAAUGGCAAAAAAUCCUGGUAUAUUUAGGGCCCACCUCUAUCUUGUUCAUCACAGGGCCCAGCUGGAGUGUUGUGUGUGAUAACGAUUACACAUCUGUCGGCUGGGUGGUAUCUUCACGGCACCGCCCAACCAACUGAUGUUGGUUGAGUAUGGAGAAAGUGGUUCGUGUUUAAUAAGAGAGAUACUAGGAUUUGAAAGACACUGCAUUCUGUAACGCAGUAGCGGGGAAAUUAAAAGUCGCCCGUUCUUGGAGUAUUGAAUGACGCCUACUUUUGUCUUUUAUUGUCUGCUGUGCUGAAAUCAAAACAAACUUGAUUGAUACAAAAUCUUACAAAAGUAGCCUACUGUUGUAUGAUUUUAUGUUGUUGUUUUUAAAAAGAAAAUGUCUAAAUGAAUAUGACUCUACCCGCUGAAUUUCUUAUCUGCUGUCCAAGCCAAAGAACUUCACUUUGAAUCACACAGAAUUCAGAUAACAUCUUGCAACAGAAGAGAACUGACUUUGAGGAAGUUGAUCUUAAAUUUGAUAACAUAAAAUGUCAAGUUUGAUUGUGUGUAGUGAUGAUAAAAAAAUAAUGUGAAAACCUUCCUUGUUUGGUCAUUGACAUUGUUGACCUUUGUUAUCCGUCGAAAUAGUGAUAAAAAGAAAUGUGACAAUUUUCGCUGAAUAUUAAGGAUUUGUUCCGUGCCGAGGCCUGACAGAUGUUAAUGAAAGCGAGAGCUGCUAAACCUCUAUCAAAAUGGAAGUAGAUGCCUCAAGUUCUACUGAAUAUGAUAUUGACACUUCCAGUAUAAGCUUUCCUAAAGGUAACCACAGAAUCAACGACAGUGGCACCUUUGAUGGCAGUCCCGACGUCGAAGUCCCUGCAUGGCGAGCCAGGGAUGACAGCGGUAGUGAGGUUCUGUCCACGUCUGUCUCUGACAUCCAUGCAACGCUGGAUGAGAGCAGUCAGUUUGCUGGCUUAGAUGGAGAGUCCAUUUUACAAGCUGUUGUGUUCAUUGAAGAUGCAUUUAAGUACCGCUCCAUCAACCACAAAGUGGGAGCCAAAGACUUGCAGGUCUAUCGAGAGUACACUUCCUUUGCCAUUGCGGUUUUCCGGUUCGUCGUCAUCUUCCUGCUACACAUGCUGGCCUUUGUGGAGUUCCCGUCCUCCCUGUCGCUCAGUGCCGACCUGAGGCAGCCGUCUGAGCCCGUGACCGUGCCGUGCUGGCUCACGCAGAGCAUCGAGAUCAUGUGUCUGCUCAUUCUGCUCAUUGACAAUGUCAUCAAGAUGCAUCUUCUGGGAGGUUUCUACUUCGUGCGACACAAGUGGGAUAUGGGCGCUGUUAUCAUCAUCAUCGUGUCGAUUAUCGACUGGAUUGUUUCUUUUAGUCUUGGAUGUACUGAGUAUAUUCGCUUCCGGAGAAUUCUUCGCCCUUACUUUAUCUUACAAAACUCUUCCCUGAUGAAGAAAAUUGUGAACUGUUUGAGGAUGACCCUGCCAGAGGUCAUAAGUGUGCUGCUGUUGCUUGCCCUGCAUCUGUUUGUCUUUACGUUGUUUGGGAUGCUGUUGUUCCCCGAGUAUGAGGCUGCCCCGUCCAAUGUAACGAUGUACUUGAUAAACUCGAGCACACCCGGGCCUGUGCCUACACCCAGCGAAGGUCACCAGUACUUCCACAGCCUGCUGGACUCACUCGUCAGUCUUCUCGUCCUACUUACAACCGCCAACAACCCAGACGUUACGAUGCCUGCUUACAGCCGGAAUAGAUAUGCUUCGCUGUUUUUUAUCUUGUAUCUGUUCAUUGGACUGUAUUGCCUCAUGAACAUGCUGCUUGCUGUCAUCUACAACCAGUUCCGAGGAUAUUUCCUGAGCUCCAUGCAGAGCAGUCUACUGAGGAGAAGGCUGGGUGUGCGUGCGGCCUUUGAGGUGCUGCGCAGGAAGAAGUGCGACAUUCAAGGGAGUGAAAACUCAGCGGAGGGGACGAUUGAGGUCGGAGUUGGAGGUCAUGUGAUCAAAAGUAUCGUUGGGAAGUCGCUGCUGCCCAAACACAUCAAGUCUGUUCUUAUUGAGAAUCUGGAGAGGAGAGAGGACUAUGUGUUUUCGGCUACAGAGUUCCAGAAAUUGUUCUACUGUCUCGACAGCGACGUUGUCCAUAAACAGAAGCCGGCUGUCACGUGGUGCGCCAGCCCGCGAUGGAGAAUGGUUCAGAGAGUUUUCCUCCACAAAUACUUCACCUACUUCGGCAUUCUGAUGGCCUUCAUCAACCUCAUCAUAAUCACGGUCCAGCUGGGAGCGAAAUACGACAGCUCCUUCCGGGAGAGUCACUCCCUGCUACGUAUUGUGAACUUCAGCUUUGUCAUCUACUACUUGGUGGAGCAGGCCGUCAAAGUGUGGGCGUUUGGCUGGCGUCGCUAUCUGUCCGACAACGGGAACAAGUUUGACGCUUUUGUCACCCUGGCUCUGGUCAUCGGUGAGAUUUAUUCAGCCAGCUGCUACGGACUCCCGUAUUUCCCAGGAUCCAAAGAAGUGGUAGUACACAGCAGCAGUAGCGAGCUGUGGAACGUGAUCCGCAUCAUCAACAUCCUCAUCAUGGUGCGGAUGUUCCGGAUUAUUCCUCACAUCAAGUCGAUGUCGCUGGUGACCACAGUUCUGGUGGACCUGAUGAAGAACAUGAAAUCUUUCGCCGGAGUUCUCAUUGUCAUCUUUUAUGCGUUUGCCAUCUUCGGGAUGGAGCUGUUUCAUGAUGUCAUCAAGUACGACCCCAGCUUCGAGAACAAGACAUUUGAAUGUGGUACUUAUGAACAGUUGAACUACUGGGCAAACAAUUUUGACGACUUUUUCUUCUAUGGGACGUGAUGGUGGUCAACAACUGGCACGUGUUCCUGCAGGUGUUCAGGGAGAAAACUUCGCCAUGGUCGUACCUGUUCUUCAUCGCCUGGUGGCUCUUGUCGGUCAUCAUCGUCCUCAAUCUCUUCACCGCUCUCAUCAUGGAGAACUUCAUCAUGAAGUGGGACCGGCGCCAUCAGAUAGUCCAGUCGGCCGCAGCCUUGUCCAGCAGCUACGAAGGCCUGACCGUCUCUGUCUACCUCAAUAACGUACACAGUAUGUUCAGGGACAUGUUACAGGAGCCAGCAGACAACGAGCUGCUCAUCCUUCUGUCGGAUCAUCAUUAUCUCAGCCUGGACAGAUGAUCGGUGAGAUGACCGGUGGUCAAACAAAGAGACUGCUUCCACCAUCGGUCAUGGAGUUCUGAGGGGAAUUCGUUGACAUGAAAAACCUGUUUGAAAGGAACAGAAAAAAACAACAAUAACGAGAACGACAGCCAUUAUAUUUAUUGCAUUUUGUUACUUGGAAGAAAUGUUUCGAUUAUUGAAACUUGAAGCUACUUAUGUGACUUAUUGAUAAUGUACGUAUUUUGUGAUAAGUUCAAGUUCAUGAGAUUCUGUUUGGUAUGUAUUUACAACUGUUUUGGGGGGGUUUUUUGCCUGGUAUAGUUUGAAAGUGAAGGAAAGUCUCUUAAAGACGGGUUGUACUAGCUUAGUAUAAUCACAUAGGUUAGUCUAAAGAGGGGAAUGUUGAACGAUGGAGACCCGAGCAGAAGCAAUGCAUUUUGUUUGUCAUUCUUCCCUGCUGAAACCAAAAAAA